AGCUACGUAGCAGCAAGGACUUGUUGGACGUUCUCUCGCUUACUUUCAUGGUUCAUUUCAGGUUAUUGUAACCACGCUGUAAUAUUCAGAAAUCACGAAAUGGGAAUAAGCGAUGAAGCGGACAGAUCACUUUUUGUUGGAAAUCUGGAUCCAAAAGUGACGGAAGAGCUCCUGUUUGAGCUGUUUUUACAGGCUGGCCCUUUGAUUAAAGUAAGAAUCCCGAAGGACAGUGAUGGAAAACCCAAACAUUUUGGAUUUGUGAAUUUCAAGCACGAAGUCUCGGUUCUGUAUGCAAUGAAUCUGUUCAAUGGAACUAGGCUAUUUGGAAGACCUCUUAAAAUACAGUUUAGAUCAGGAAGCAGCCAUUUAAAUGCUGAUGGAAGCAGUCCAGGAAAUGCUCAGAUGCCCAGCCCUGUGAAUUUGCCCACUCAGAGGGGCAGCAGAUAUGAUAGGGCAGUGGACCAAAUGAGCUCUCCAUCCUGCUCGCCCCCGCAGCUGCUUCAGAGGUCCUUCUCAUCGCCAGACAACCUGCAGAGACAAGUCCUGAUGAACAACAUGUGGCAGCUACAACAGCAGAAUAGCGGCAUGCCUGUGGGGUUUCACCACCACCAGGGGUCACAGCUUUAUGUGCAGGGUGGUGGUGGUGGCAGUGGCAACCUUUCCUACAGCAGCCCCUGGCAACAGGACAGCCUGCAGCAGAGAGGCCAUCGUCACCCCUACCAGCAGGAAAGCGGAAGCUACCGCAGCAGGGACCAGCGCUUCUCAGACACUGGUUCAGACCGGCACAACCGUGGCCAGAGGGGUGAACACUAUCACCUUGAUGACAGGAGUGGCAGCCGCAGCAGAGACUACCAGGAGAAGAGUCGGGAUGGUUCCAGGGAGGGGCGUUGGCGGAGAUACUGAAAUACUGUUGGGGUGUGGUGGAAAGGGUCAAUUGGUUUUGUUAAACUUUUCUUUUAAGUAUUUUAUAAAUUUUUAUAAUCUUUUUUUCCACAGUGGAUGUUUUGUACAGGUUAUGCCACUAUAUCAUGUCUCAACAAUCUCUGUUGGAGGUGUUUCUCCAGUAGACCAUUGUCCAAGAUUUUGAAUAGCAUUAGGAUGGUGUAGUGUAUAACACUUUUAGGGUAGUUUUAGUGCCUGAGAAGCUGAAAACCUCUCCUAUCACAGGUUAUCAUCCUCCUAAUAAAAACUGUUUUAGGCAGGGACUUUUCCAUAUGCAUCUUUAAUAUGGCUCAUUACUAAGGAGGUGGUUAAGCAUUUGUCCUAUGAAAAAUAUGUUGUGAAAUGUUUGAAAAGGUUUUAUUGUUGUAUGGAUUUUGUG